UGACGCGGGGGUCACACCGCACAUGAGCGCGUCACAGUCAGACGUGAUUGGGAAAGAUCUCAGCGACGGUAUACAGGAAUGAGUCCUCUGAUUCUGCUGGUCAACAUGACAUUAUCAGCCUCUUGAUGGAGCUCAGGAACUCGAUCAGUGUGCUUCAGCACCUGUGCAGGCAGCUGUGAGCAGGCCGUCCUGCCUGUGUCUGUAUGGAUGGGAAUGGCAGCAUCAGCUGUUGGUGGGAAUCACUUACACACAACAUGGAAACACAUUCUGAUCAUUGUUACGACGCUCCUGCUCUUAAGUUCUCCUUCAGUAUGUGCACAGUGUCGAAUCUUGCAAUGCAACUCUGAUUUCGUGGCUGCGACUCUUGAAAUUGGUGUCAUUGGAGGAGGGGGUAAGGAUGGAGCUAAUGCUGUCUACUGCAGCGCCCUGCGGUCCUAUGCGCUCUGCACCCAGCGGACAGCCAGAGCGUGCCGUGGAGACCUGGCCUACCACUCUGCUGUUCAGGGCAUCGAGGACCUGCUCAUCCAACACCGCUGCCCCCAAACAGGCCCAACGGCUCAGCCGCGGCCCCUGCCCAAGCCCCCUCUCUCAGGCAACGGAUGCUUCUAUGAGAAGGGGUUUAUGCAGAAGGAGGGCCGGGCCCCAGAGUACCUGCACUGUGGGGUGUUUGGAGACCCUCAUAUCCGCACCUUUAACGAAGAGUUCCAGACAUGUGCUGUGCAGGGCGCCUGGCCACUCAUAGACAACCAGUACCUGUACAUCCAGGCCACCAGCACACCCACUAGAGGGAGCUCUUACAUCACCAUACUCACAAAGAUCACGGUAAUCUUGAAGAACUGGCGCGAGUGUGCAGAGCUGCAGAUAUAUCAAGCGGAGCUGGAUAACGUUCCUCCGGCGUUUGUGGAUGGUUCUGUUACCGGUGGUGACCGCAGAGGGCAUCAGAGCCUGCGCGUUCACUCUCACGACCCUGGCCGACACGCUGAGAUCUGGGCUACGCACAUCGGGACGAUGAUAGUGGUUCGCCAGGUCGGCCGGUCGCUGAGUCUGUCCGUGCGCUCCCCUCGUGCGAUCGUGGAGUCCUAUACACCUGAGCAGGACUUGCAGUUGUGUGUAUGGGGGUGUCCGGUCUCGCAGCGUAUGGAGACGCCCUAUGUGCAUCCGUCCACACCUGCGUACACACACUGCUCCUCACUGCUUCCGGUGCAGGAUGUGUAUUUCCAAGCUUGCUUGUUUGAUCUACAGGUCACUGGAGAUUUGAACUCCAGUGCAUCAGCUGUGGCUGCUUUAGAGGAUGCUCGUGCAAUGAUCUCGAACCCUGAUAGGGUUCACCUGCUGACGGGCAGGGCAGGUAACAACCCUCCAUCAUUGCCAGUGGCACUGGCCUUAAGCAUCCUUGUAGAGACCCUCAGAUGUACUUUCUUGGGCCCAGUGUGACAUCAAAAACACUGCACUAAAACAUGCCGUAUGUGAUAUUUAAAGGAUGUUUAUAUUGUUGUUCAAUGUUUACAUCUCAGUGGUUUUGGAGGUUUGUGGUUUGUGAAUAGAGGCUGUCCGAACGGCCGUGGAAAAAAAAUAAUUUUAUUGUAUUUGUUUCAGUGUUACAUGCACAUAAAGUGUGUGAAUUAUAAAUGUAAUAUAUUUGUGGAUAUUUGUAUCUGGAUAAACGUGAACAAUCUUUGAAAAAAUAAGCAAAUGUGAGUGACUUGCUCAUGCAUCUCUGAAUGUUUUCUCAAAGAUGAAAUUUAUACAGGUGUGUAUUUACAAUAAAGAAAAAUGUACAAAUGUU